CGGAGGGAGGGGAAGACCUGGCGGAAGCCUCAUACCCCAGCAGCCUCAGCACCAGCUGAGUUUCGGGAAGAAGCAUUCAGAGGAUUCUGUGAACUUUCUUCUAAGCAUCCUCUCUCAGAUUCCCCGUUUGAGUAAAAGAAGGGGACUGGCCAGGCACCGGGAGCACAGGACAGGAAACCACAGAGGAUGCUGCCCCGGGAUCCAGGAGCCAUGGAGAACGAGAAGCCGGGGGAGGGGAAGUGCCGGGGAGGCAAUCUGUUCUGAAGCAGCAAGCGGGAUUCCAGGAUGAGGGAGGGAGACCCACGUCUGCUGCAGAUUGAUGGCUGUGUCCUUGGAACAGAAGGGAAUUCUGCCCCCGCCUGCUGAACGCAGAGCUGGGCUGGGAGAAAGGCACUGGCCGGGGAGAAGUCGCCAAAGCGGUCCUAGCUGAUCUCCAUCCUGCUUCUCCAGGACACAUGGCUCUUUCCAGCCUUGGCAGCCGGCAGUGGGUGUCACUCAAGGUCCUCCCCAACCUGGGGGAAGAAGAGCCUCCUUGGGGAUUUCAGUAGAUGCUGAGGCUGACGACUCGGGCUUUCAGGAGGCCCAUGGAGACCCACUCUGCCCCAGGCUCCCUUCCCAAAACACCCACCCCAGGACCCCCUUGGACUCGAGCCCCCUGGGCCACCAGAAGAAAUGGCUUCUGAGACCUCAAAUGCCGGAGACCCACAUGCAGCCCUGGCCUCCUAAUCGGUCCCAGAUUCGGGACGGGGCUCCGGGUUUUUAGAUGUGCCAGGACCUUCAACAGGCACAAUCUAUGUCCUUCACCCCCUCCACCACCUGUCCAACGUAAUACAAGACAGGAAGCAGCCAGGGGUCAUGGGUGAGAGGAACACAGACCCACAGGGACCCUUCCAGGACCUGCUAGCAGCUGGUCCAGCCCUAGCCUCAGUCCCUCACUCUCUCAAGCGUUGAUCAUCUUUUCAGGACCCUGUAGGACCUCGGCUGGAUUUAUUGCCCCCUCAGCUCCAAAGGGGACUUCCUGUGGAUCUCACCUAGGGAGCCCUCUGGUGCUCAGAGGCUCCGGGGAAAGGCUUGAGCCAUGAUGCCACGUGCCCAGAAGCCCCACCUUCCGGGGCCCUGGCCCUGAUGUAGCUGUCUUUCGGAGCCACCGACUCUUGAUUCAUGAACACAGCCCCGGCCCCAGUGGGCUCCCUUCAGCAGGGCGGUUGCCAGCUGCCUAAGAUGGGUGACACCUGGUCCCAGCUGCCCUGGCCUGGGCCCCCCCACCCAGCUGUGCUGCUGGUCUCCCUCCUCUUGGCAGCCGGGGCCAUGCGCUCGGAUGCCGGCGCUAGCUGCCCAGUCCUCUGUACGUGCCAUAACCAGGUGGUGGAUUGCAGCAGCCAACGGCUGUUCUCCGUGCCCCCAGACCUGCCGAUGGACACUCGCAACCUCAGCCUGGCCCACAACCGCAUCACGGCCGUGCCGCCCGGCUACCUCACAUGCUACAUGGAGCUCCGGGUGUUGGAUCUGCGUAACAACUCCUUGGUGGAGCUGCCCCCGGGCCUCUUCCUCCACGCCAAGCGCUUGGCACACCUGGAUCUGAGCUACAACAACCUCAGCCACGUGCCGGCCGACAUGUUCCAAGAAGCCCACGGCCUCGUGCACAUCGACCUGAGCCACAACCCGUGGCUGCGCAGGGUGCACCCCCAAGCCUUCCAGGGCCUGGUGCAGCUCCGAGACCUGGACCUCAGCUACGGGGGCCUGGCCUUCCUCAGUCUCGAGGCCCUGGAGGGCCUGCCGGGGCUGGUGACCCUGCAGAUCGGCGGCAACCCCUGGGUGUGCGGCUGCACCAUGGAGCCCUUGUUGAAGUGGCUGCGGAACCGGAUCCAGCGCUGCACGGCGGAUUCUCAACUGGCUGAGUGCCGGGGGCCCCCUGAAGUCGAGGGUGCCCCACUCUUCUCCCUCACUGAGGAGAGCUUCAAGGCCUGCCACCUGACUCUGACCCUGGAUGAUUAUCUCUUCAUUGCAUUUGUGGGCUUCGUGGUCUCCAUUGCCUCCGUGGUCACCAACUUCCUUCUGGGCAUCACAGCCAACUGCUGCCACCGUUGGAGCAAGGCGAGUGAAGAGGAAGAGAUUUGACGUGGGUGCCUAACAUCUCUCAUGCUGCUGGCCACCACCGCUUCUGACCACUGGACGCUGCUCACUCUGGCUCCAUGGUACCCUGGCCACUUCAUGACCCAAGCAAGGUCAGGAAACCACCUUUGUGCGAGCCUCGACUGUGGGCCAGACACUGUGCCAAAUGGAAAUGUCAGAUGACUCUAACCUAGCCCCUGCCCUCUAGGCUCUUACCUCUAAUAGAAGAGAGAGAUUCAAAAACUAUUCCCUAUAAGACAAUUUGUCAGCACUCUGAGCACAUAGUUAUGAAAGCCCAGAGGAGGGAUCAUCAAUUGUGCCUAGGAAAGUCUAAAAGAAUUACAAGAAUGGAGGCAAUUUGCAAACAGAGUUAUCAAAAAAUGUCUGCUUUGUCAAGUAGACAAAGAAAGGGGGACAUAAGCAAAUGACGGAGGCCAAAAUAUGCAUGGUGUGUUGAGAACAGUGACCACUCCUCGUGACUUAAGUGUAUAGAGCAGAUGCGGCACAGGACCAAAACUUCCCUCUGACACCCAAUCUUUCCACUCCUGGAGUUGCCCAACACUGCCUCCCGAAGAAGAGAACACCCCCAUGCCAGCCUCCUAGGUCUCCUGCCAGGAGCUACAAGGUGAGACCACCUCAUAUUGACUGCCUCCCAAACUAAGUCCACCAAAUGCAGCCUGCAAGUGAGGUCCCAGGUACUGAGCUGAGGGUGGACACUUUCGGUGUCCUUUCUCCUACCCUUGUCUCCUGCCUCUCACUUGAGCUUCAGCUUCAGAAGAGGGAAGCAGGAGGUCCAGCAAUUGGGCAGCAAGAGUCUUGGCACCCCGGAACUCCUAAUCUUGUGACUGUUCUUGCCACGGUGCUCCCACCAAAGGAUCUCAUCAAGAAAGUGCACUGUAGCACGAGGGUAGCCAGGACUGAAGGAAUAGAAGGCCACCACAGUUGUGACCAUAGGAGGAUUUGCUCUUUCUUCUGACCAAUUCACCCAUUUAAGCAUCAGGGUAUGAGAGCUAUUAAUUAAUUACCAAGCAGUUGCCAGUGUCAGGCACUGUGAUAAGCUCUCUCCACAGACAAUUCAUUUUACUGCAUACAACAAUCUUCUGAGGUAAGCAUUGUUGUUCCCAUUGUACAGAUGAGGAAAUAAAGGUUCAGAGAGCAUUCAAAGUCA